AUGAUACCACGCACGGCACAAAUACGCCAACAGCAGGCAAAUGAGAGGCGCAACAGGCUGGAGGAGAGCGCCGCCCGUGCGUCCCGGGAGGACAUCUUCGCUCGACACAACGUCAUGCGGGGCGUGCGUGUCGGGGGCUCGCGGCUUGCAAACACCAACCGCUACACGCGCCGAGACCCAAACCGAGGCAUCAUCACACAAGCGGAGUGGAAUGAGCUGGUAGAACAGCAUGAGGAUUCCGGUUUUAGGUUUAGAUUCUUCUUUAUUGGACUUGUCCUGUUCUCCGUUGCUCUCUUGGCACUCGCUAAGUACGACAUGGAGUUCAACGUGGAGCCCCCUCAAAUAGAAAGUGGGAGAGGGUUUGGGGAGGUCACCUCAGACAAAGGCACGGGCAUGAACCUUGAGGAGCUGGAGAAGUACUAUGCGACACUCGGUGUGAAGGGUCGGCUUCGGCCCAGUGACACAAAAGCGGGGGUUGAAGAAGGGGCACAAGAUGCGGAUAAGGAGCGUCGGCGGGAGAAUUUUCGCGUUCGCAAGGAAAUUCGUCGAGCUUACAAGGAGCAUCAGCAACAGCGAGGACAGCUUGUGCAUUGUGGUCGAACCUGUGAAGCCAAAAGUAAGCAGGUGGAGUUGGCGUACAAUCGCCUGGCUUCCCAGGUGGAUCGUGAGCUAUACGGGGUUCUGGUGGGCGCGAACGACACCAAGUCCAAGCGGUCGUUAGAUGCUGCAGACCUAAAAAAGGCCUAUGAAGCAAAGAAGAAGGAAGUGGAAGAAAAUGAAAAGGAUGAGGAGGAUCGAGAGAUGGCCUUGGAGGAACUCAAGGAUGCGUAUGACAUUCUUGUGAAUCCAGAGGCUCGCAACUACUACCUUCUCUACGGUAUGAAGCCUCCGGAGCACAUGCGUCACAUGAGUGCUAGAAAUGGGGGCUGGGGACAGGAGAUGACACUGGGCGUGUACAAGAACCGCUUUAUCCUGGCUUGGCUGGACUUCCUUCAUGACUUUAUUGGGCUUUGGGGGGAAACGGCAGUUAUAAUUGCAGCAUUGGCCUUCUUGCUUUCACGUGUUCCAAUGGCUUUAAAGCAGUCCCAGCGUCUGCUGGAUGAUCUGGAUUGGGAGGCCUCUGUGGAGGAUACGGAACGGGGCAGACGCAAAAACGACGAAAAAACGGAGUAG